AUGGAAGGGGCGCUGUCUACGUUGGCGCAGUACGGGGUGCGCGAUGACGACAUAGCCACCGCGUGGGUACCUGGUUCUUUCGAAUUGCCGGUGGUGGCAAAGACCCUGGCGGCGUCGGGACAAUACGAUGCCGUGAUCUGCCUGGGGGCCGUAAUCCGUGGGGAAACCAGCCAUUACGACAUGGUGUGCAAUCAGGCCGCGUCGGGCAUCGCCGCGGUCAGUAGGGAAACGGGGAUACCGACGAUGUUCGGGGUUUUGACGACGGAAAAUCUGGAGCAGGCCAUCAACAGAUCCGGCGGGAAAGUGGGCAACCUGGGAUCGGAUUGCGCGGUGGGGGCGAUUGAGUCGGUCCGGCUGUUGCAGUCGAUCAAAACCGGUUGA